AAGAAUGAGUGAUAGGUUUAGAAAGCUCGAUAGCGUAACUAUUUAUGUUGAUGAUGGUAGGCUACUGUAAUACAUCUUGGGAACCCUGUCUCAUGCUUUUGUUUUCAUUCCAGCCGAGAACCUCGAUACAUUAGGGUCCGUUCGUAAAUGCACAGCGUUUCGCUCCCAGAGCGCACAUUGGACGCCCUGGCCAAGAAGUAGGGUUGAUCUGAGCGUUCUGACCUCACAACGGCAUUCAAGCAAGCGCCCAAGCUCACUGGCUAAAUAAAGUUGACUAGUUUGCUAGCCACUUCUAGACACAAAUGAGAACACCUCACUGAUCAUUUGAAUCGCCCUAUCAGAGCUAGUUAGGCUGUUUUCAUGCUAUCAAUAGCGUUAGUGACUAUCUGUGCUGCUAGCAAUAUUUGAUUUCAAUUUUUUUGCAAACCUUUAUUGACACCGCGUUCGUAAAUUCAUCAGCUAUUCUGCUCUCUGACACACUCAAACGAGAGAGUUUUGACUUCAGCGUAGCUAGAGAACAUUCAUUUACGAUUGCACCCUAAAUCGACCUUAUUGAUUGGACGAUUGGGACCAAUUGGAGUAGAGCACGAGAUGUGACGAGUUGACUUUUGUGCUUCGUUCCUUUUUGUUGCGCUUUUGGUGCUGAGGCAGGCAGUGAAGAAGGCGCGACCACACCACUUUGUAAGCAUUUGAAGGCAUAGCAACCCUCAGUACUCUGCUGAAAUGGCAUCCUCUGGAGAGAUUCUGGUCAAGGAGUUGGACAAGCGUGCAUCAGGUCAAGCAUUUGAGGUAAUCUUGGCCCCCGAUGCCAAGGGUGAAAUCCCCCUACCUCCCCCGAAGGAGAAGAAGGAGAUGUCCCUGGAGGAGAUUCAAAAGAAACUGGAGGCUGCAGAGGAGAGACGCAAGAGUCAUGAAGCAGAGGUGCUGAAGCACUUAGCUGAGAAGAGAGAGCACGAGAAGGAAGUUCUGAAGAAAGCCAUGGAAGAGAACAACAACUUCAGCAAGACGGCAGAGGAGAAGCUCAAUCAGAAAAUGGAAGCCAACAAAGAGAAUCGCACGGCACGAAUGGCAGCACUCAAUGAGAAAUUCAAGGAGAAGGAUAAGAAGCUUGAGGAGGUACGAAAGGCAAAGGAAACGAAACCAGAGGGGGAGAACUGAUUUUCUUUUGUAAUAAUUUUUUAAAAACUUGUGCAAAGAUAUCUUUUUGUUCUGUUCAAUGACAGUAUUAUAUUUGUCAUUGUUAUUCACCUUGUUUGGAUUAGUUAGGCUGUCCAUUGUUGCUUUUGUUGUGGAUGUGUAAGUAUUUCUUCCCCCACCUCCGGUAGAUUUGUGUAUUGCAGUUUAUGACCUUUGAAAUAAGCAGCGUUUUUACCUAUAAGGAAGCAUGCCACUGCUAUGCAUUGGUCCUUAUCAUUGUGAAUUGCAUAAUAUAAGUAAAUCCUUGUACCUUGUAAAACUGCGUUUAUCUGAUCUUAAUAAAGUUGCUAAUAAAAUUUUUCUUUAAAACCUCUAAAA